AUGACACCUUCAAUCUGCGCCUGUUUCGUCGGCGGUGUCGGACAGGGGAGUGUACCCAAUGGGUACUACCCAUCACUGGGCGCGAGGCUUGGCCAAGUGCUCGUGGGGACUGUGAAGCCGAAGGCACGCGUCGAGUUCCAAGCUAGAGUUCCUCCAGGUCACGAUAGUGGCGGGAUGCCGGUGUCUGCAACUGACCCCAAGCUCAUCCUCGCGACGUUGGACGUCCGCAGGAGCGCGGGGGAAGGCGGCGAGGAGCUCAAGAGUACGAAGGACAUCUGUGGCUCCACGGGCACGACGGACGGACGGGCGUCGUCGUCGUCGUUGGCGGCGGCGGCGGCGGUGGUGGAGGUGGUGGCCGAGGAGGGGGAGGAGGAGGAAGAGGAGGAGGAGGAGGUGGAGAGAGUGAGGCAGGCCACGAUGACGCUGCAGAAAGGAGGGAGGAGCGUGGCGGUCACCGCUGAGGCAGCCGUGGAGGAGAGGGGAUACGACGGAGCGGCUGCCGCGUAUUGUAAGGAGAAGGAGGGUGCGGCGGAGCUGAAGGAACGAGAGGGCACGGCUGAGGUGAGCGCGCGGCGUACUCGAGUCGUCAAGCCUGCUGGCAUCCGUGGACAAGGGAGAGUGACUGCAGUAGAGGGCGAGGGCGGCGGGGACGAAGGCGCAGUUUGCGGUUGA